GCGGCGACCGCUGGAUCGCUGCCGGGCGCGGAUCCGGUGACACCUCUCAGCGCGCUGCACUUGUUGCUCUCAGGACCUGCCGCCCAUCCCUGAGCCCACCUUUCUCCCCCGCCGCCCCCCUGUCCCCUCCUGGCUUCCCUCCUUUCCGUGUGAUCGCCCGGGGCACUGAUCUCUCAGGCACCGCUGUCAACGGCUGGAGAAAUAGAUUAAAGGAGAUAAACUAGAUAAAUAGAUUAAAGGAGAUAAACUUCCUCCGCAGGGGGCCCAGCCGGGCAGCAGCCGCGGCAGGAGCAGGAGCGCUGGCCCGGGCGCCGCAGAGGUGGCGCCUCCCCGGCCCGGGACGCUGGCCCCGGGCUCCGACGGCAUGACGGACGCGGCGACGGCUAACGGGGACGACAGGGACCCCGAGAUCGAACUCUUCGUGAAGGCUGGGAUCGAUGGGGAAAGCAUCGGCAACUGUCCCUUCUCUCAGCGCCUCUUCAUGAUCCUCUGGCUGAAGGGAGUUGUGUUCAAUGUCACCACUGUGGAUCUGAAAAGAAAGCCAGCCGACCUGCACAACCUCGCCCCUGGCACCCAUCCGCCCUUCCUGACCUUCAACGGGGACGUGAAGACGGACGUCAAUAAGAUCGAGGAGUUCCUUGAGGAGACUUUGACCCCCGAAAAGUACCCCAGACUGGCUGCGAAGCACCGGGAAUCCAACACAGCGGGCAUCGACAUCUUCUCCAAGUUCUCCGCCUACAUCAAAAACACAAAGCAGCAGAGCAACGCUGCCCUUGAGCGAGGCCUGACCAAGGCACUGAAGAAACUGGAUGACUACCUGAACACCCCUCUGCCAGAGGAGAUCGACGCCAACACCCGCGGGGACGAUGACAAGGGCUCCCGGCGCAAGUUCCUGGAUGGAGACGAGUUGACCCUGGCCGACUGCAACCUGCUGCCCAAGCUCCAUGUGGUCAAGAUUGUGGCCAAGAAAUACCGCAACUACAAUUUCCCGGCUGAGAUGACGGGCUUGUGGCGGUACCUUAAGAACGCCUACGCCCGCGACGAGUUCACCAACACCUGCGCGGCCGACAGUGAGAUCGAGUUGGCCUAUGCGGAUGUGGCCAAGCGCCUCAGCCGAUCCUGAACUUGGCCGUCUUGCCCCAUCACUGCUGCAGAAAGACUCACCAUCUCCCCAAGGACUCCAGCUUCACGGACUCCUUUUCCACGUCACCUCCAGAAACUUCUGUUUUUAUCAGGCCGCAUCUUGCUGGCAUCAUUGGAACCCCAGCCUGCUGUCUUUGAUGAAGGUCGGCACCAUCCCCAUCUGAUCAGGCAGGAAUCUGCAAGCAGAAAUGAGAGAAACGGUCAAGCUCUCAGCCUUUCGGGCCUGGGCUGGGUUCAGUGUGUUUGGGGUCGGUGCGGGAGAACGAACCCGUCUGUGGGAUUGUCACUGGCCCCUUUUGCCAAUAUCAAAAUAUCUCCUAGGCUGCGUUAGACAUGUGCAACACCCUGUCCUCGUCCACUCUCCUCUUUGUCAGUAACUCCGAGGCCAAGGCCAGACGCCAUCUUAGUUCUCAUUAGAAAGAGAUGCAGUGCUUUGUUAGGGGGAGACAGAGAGUGAAUGGGAAGAAUGGAGCAGGUGUGGAUUUGGGCAUCUGGCAGACACACCUCCAGUCACUCACCACUUUCUGGCACUCCUGUCACUUCGGGCACUGAAGGCCAGAUUGGAAAACUAUUUCAGACACAGUCUCAGUUCGCUGCAGUGCCAGGCACAGUCUGAUGCUAUCAAGUACCUGGCUUGAUGCUGAUCUCCAUUUUUAUCUGUCCAGGCCUUGCCGGGAAGGGAAAUUGGCAUGUAAUUCCAAGCUGGGGUGACUGGGAAGGGGAGGGGAGGGGAGCAGUGUCAAUGCCAAAAGGCCCAAGGGGUCUACCAGCCACGGGGUUUGCUUACGGGAGUGGUUUCACUGGAGAUUACAUGCCUGGGUUUGACUCUGUUUAUCCACGAGUGAAUUUUGGUCUCUGAGAAAGCAGAUGGGAGUGGGGGGUGGAGGGAUGGGUGAGGAUCAAAAAAGGUCUUUAGGAGGCUCAGUGUUUCCCGGGAAUCUUUUAGAUAGGUCUUCUCUCUUAUGAUCUAACUAAGUCUUGAACUGGUGAUGUCAUGUAACUACCCACCUUAUAACAAAAAUCCAAGAAUUGGCCAAAAAUGACUGUCCGGUCUCUUCAAGUUGUUCCUGGAUGUGAGUCUGCUAAGCCGGGUGCUCUCUGAAUCACCUGUAGCCUCUGAUGGGUGAGAGAUACGUUUAGGAGGUGGCUUGAUCGCGGGCGGAGCCUUAGGAAUAAAGUCCAUGGGCCUUUCUGAUUGGGAAACCAUGUGGUUUAAACUCGAACAGAAAAUACAUACGCAUCUGGGUAAAUUUUCCUACCAUCUGACUCAAUUGCCAGAUGAAAAAGAAGAAACUGUUUUUUAGCUAAUAUUUCGCUCUGUAGUCAUUCUCCUUGAAUUUCACCUCCUUAAAAGCUCACCCUGCUUGAGGACGGGGACCUGUGCAGAGGAAACAAAGAAAAAUGAACUAGUCAUCAGCUCCCUCUUCCCACGAACACCCUGGGAGAAAGUCCACCCGCCACAGACCCUCACCUCCAACUAUCCUUUCUUCUGUGUUGCUUGUUGGUGGAGAGUGAGGCUUCCAAGUGCCCGAAAGCCCCAGGACUUGGCUCACUGCUCAGUGAGGGCAGCACGGCACAGGGCCUUCCUGUAGAAACAUCACCAGAUUCUAACCCAAGCAAUCCCCGGACCUACCUGCCUCCAGGGAUCUCUGGAGAUAAAAGGGGCCCACUGAUCAGAGCCAAGGAGAGGAAGCAGGAGGGUCUCCUUUAGCCCAGGGAGGAAGACGACAUUUCUCAGUAAGACAUCCUAUAAGCCUGAGACCUUUCAAAAAGCAGAAGGAAUGGAUGCAUUUUCACCUCUAAGGAACCUUUCCACAGACCCCCUGGUAAUUUUGUCCCUGGAGAUGUUUGAAAAGAACUGGUAAGGAAACAGUCCUUUUGACUGUAGGGAAAAGCCCCAAACUGGCCUCCUGGGAGGUGAAAGCUUGAAUGAUCCCAAAGGCCUUUUAAGUAGUGUGCAAUCCUGUUGUCCCAGAAAUCCUUCCCUCAACGUCACAGCACAGGCAUGAUGAUCUAAGAGGCAGUUUACUUUCCUGAGACCCAGAGAGGCGCUCUUCUUAAAGCACAUCUGAGAAGCAUAGCCAGCCAGCGACAGAGAAAACAGGAGGACGCUCAAGUGGAGUAGCUCCCCCAGAGGAGUUUUUACACACCAAGACUCUGCUUUGAUAUUCAGAAUUCAGCAAUUGGUGAGUCUUUAAACACAGCCUUUAAAAACAAGCAAGCCAAACCAAAUCAACAUUGUUGCUUCUAGAUGCUCCUUCUGUGGUUGACUUAGUUUUACAUAAAUAGCAAUAUUAAGGCACAGGGGUGGGGUUGGGACAGUUAUAUGAUCCAUCGUAACCACUUAGAAGAGGGAGAGGAGUUAUAGAUAGACGGCACUUUCUGGUACUCAAUCCAGGAUUCUUUUUAUUGCAGCAGGAGAUUAUCAUGUGAUGCAACUGACUAUUGAUUUAAAGCUUUAAUGUCUAUGACCAGAUUUAUCAGAAUAUUUUUAAAUAAUAAUAAUAUUGCCUUACGAUUAUUUUUUUCCAAAGAGAUUUUUCUCCAGAUCUUUCAGCCUCCCUGGGUUUUGGCCAUGACCUUGUCACGUACACAGCUUAUCAUCUCCCAGCAACAGUGUGGAGAGGUCCUUAGGUGUCCCCAGAACCAACUCAGGGAGUAUUGAUGGUCUGCAGUUUGACCCUGGACUCCAGAGUGUUAAGAUGGGAGGUGACCUUUGUCAUUGGUCUGGAAUGCGUAUCGAUGCCUCAGAAAGCAUUUCAAUGACGCUGAAAGGGGAUUUAUUUGGGUUAAGAUCCUGUUUUACUCUGGAUUUAACGCUGUCCUUCGACUUUCACAUCACUGUGGCUUUUUUUGGUGGAGUAGCAUAGUGGGGGAGAAACAAGAAUCAUACUCAGAACGACUGUGUUGAAUUUACCCAUCUUCUCAGUCCUGCCUGCCUCUCAGGUGGCCCCAAGAGGGUAUGGGAUAAGAAUUUAAUAGCUGUAAAAGAUGAGCUGGGUCAGUAAAAUCUGGAUUGGUCCAGAGCAUAGUUUCUUCUAUCGCACGCCUUCAUCACCUGACAAUUCAGAAUCACAGGCAUGAGUAUGGCUGUCUUGUUUUGAACAAGGAUACAGCUACCUGGCACCAAGCUCAUGAGUUGAAAAGUGAAACCCACACUCCACUGGGUUGUUCGACCGCAGGAUCUCAAACCGGUUUCAGCUUCCUAGGAAAUGGCACUGUCUUCAGCGUUCACUUCUCGUGCUGGUGGGGCCAUUGAGGAGUUUGAGCUUCUCAUUAGAAAGGGGCCAUGGCAAGAGUGAGGUUUCCUGGGCUGAAUUUUCUAGCGCUGGAUGAAAUAACAGAAGCUCACAACACCUGUGCCCACUGGCCACUCUGCAGAAAGACAAGACCAAGCAUCUUAGAAUUGUUGCAAAAUGCAUCAUGCCCAGAAUGGACCCUGAAGAUCUAAGAGUCUUAGAAAUCAGCAAGGUCUGGACAAAUAGAAUUAAAAGGGAGGCAGAGUCAGCAAAGUGCAGGUCUACCUAGUAAGUUUUCCAUCAGGAGGAAACAGGGAGAGUCUGUCUGAAAUUAAGUUGGUCUAGGGGCAGCAGACAUCCAGUAGGUACGUCUGUGACUCCUAUUUCCACUGACCAGGAGCCAGUUCAACAGCAGAGGGAAUCAAGAUGCUGGUGUCUUCCUCCUUGGAAAGAUGAAGCAUUAACUCAUGGUUAAAACUAAGCUCGAUGAUUCACAAGGGAUCACUUUCUUAUUUUUUAUGUAACAUUAAAAAGAACCUAAAGCAUUAGAGAAAGGAGUGUGCCUGUGAAGCGUCCUGGUUCUGAUGUUAGGACAGAAGUGAUCACAUCAUUGGCUUUGGGGCCCUUCUAGCACACAAGGCCCAUUAUCUUCUAUCCACUCCCCUUGGCAUUUAAUGCAAACAACACGUGCCCUCCUAUGAAUGCAUCUUCCUCUCCCUUUGUCAAUAUUCUCCUCCCAGUUUAGUUUCAGGAUACUUUCAUUUCGUAAUUAGGUAUGAUCCAAAGUGUGCAUAAUCUUACUUAAUGUUACUCAAGGAAAUGGAUCCAAUGCUCCCCUCCCCAACCAAAAAUAAAAUUAAAAAUUGCCUCAUUGUAGGGUUUGGGCUAAUCUGUGUUUGUAGAAAAGCAAUCUGUUUUUUGGCAAAAUGCAAUUUUAAGGAUACAGUUGUCUAAGGUAUUUAUGUAUAAUUAGAGAUUUUGCAAUAUUGACUAUGCAUAUAUUUAAAAUAUAAAAUAUCCAGCUGAUGUUUGAAUUUGUCUAUCUUUCCUGACCACCUGCCUACCCCAUUUUAUAAGCUGGAGAGCUAACUAAUUUAGCAAAAGAAGCCUAGCUUUCAUAAAAGAUCAAACAUUUCAUUUUAUAAAGACACUCCCAAUGAUGGUAACUUGAUUUUCUCAAGACCUUUAACUGUGGUGAUAAAAUAACAGGUCUUGCUUUCAAGCCUUAAUAAUGUAAAAUGCCUUUUAAUGAAGAUAUUGCUGAGUGUCUUCCUCAUGAAGCUGAACCAGUUAUAAAUUUGUUUUCCAGUCUUGAUUGAUAUUGACUGAUUCAAAUAAAGUUGGUUUAUUUUCAAAUAUUACAAAGGCGAUCAUCAGACUUCUUACUGGAGGUGGGGAUUUCCUAUGCUGUUUGAAAUGUGUACGAAAUACCUCUUUUUUCCCAAACGUUAUUUUAUUUUCCCAUUAUAAAAGAAAAUAUGUUCAUUCUUCUUAAAAAUCAAAAGCAAAUAAAAAUUACACAGCAAUAAAAAAGAAUGAAAUAGGGAAUUCCCUGGUGGUCCAGUGGUUAGGAUUUGGCACUUUCACUGCCGAGGCCCUGGGUUCAAUCCCCGGUUGGGGAACUAAGAUCCCGCAAGCCCCAUGGUGCAGCCAAAAAAAAAAAAAGUAAUAAAAGGAAUGAAAUAAUACCAUUUGCAGCAACAUGGAUGGACCGAGAGAUUAUCAUACUGAGUGAAGUAAGCUAGACAAAGACAAAUAUCAUAUGAUAUCGCUUCUAUGUGGAAUCUGAAAAAUAAAAGAUACAAAUGAACUUAUUUACAAAACAGAAAUAGACCCAGAGACAUAGAAAACAAAUUUAUGAUUACCAAAGGGGUAGGGGGGGAGGGAUAAAUUAGGAGGAUGGGAUUAACAGAUACACACUACUAUAUAUAAAAUAGAUAACCAACAAGGACCUACUGUAUAGCACAGGGAACUAUACUCAGUAUUUUGUAAUAACCUAUAAGGGAAAAGAAUCUGGAAAAGAAUGAAUAUAUAUAUAUAUAUAAAACUGAAGCACUGUGCUGUACACCUGACACUAACACGACAUUGUAAAUCAACUAUACUUCAAUUAAAAAAAAGAAAAGAAAAAAAAAAAGGAGGAAGAAGAACAGAAGGAAAAGCAAAAAGCUUGUGACUCAGCCAUCCAAAAACAGAUUUUUAUUUUAGCAAAGCUAAAAAUUCUAUCAUGGUGCAUGGCCCAGGUGAAAAAAAUAUACUGAUGUUCCUUCAUGGGUCUUAUUUCAAUUUCCUAUGUGUAUUGUACCUGGGAGUGGGCCAGCAGUGACAGUGUAGGUGCGAUUUAAGGAACACCUUAGAAGACUGGUCUAUCUGCACCCAAAGCUCUCUCCUGGCCCUCGGUGGCCUCGCCCUAUCAGCUUUCCUGGUCUGAAAUUCCCACCCUUAGCAUCAUGUCACUGACUCUGGAUUAAGGUCCCCAGAAUCCUCAGUAAGAAUUUACCUGUAGGGGCUUCCCUGGUGGCGCAGUGGUUAAGAAUCCACCUGCCAAUGCAGGGGACAUGAGUUCGAGCCCUGGUCUGGGAAGAUCCCACAUGCUGCAGAGCAACUAAGCCCGUGCACCACAACUACUGAGCCUGCACUCUAGAGCCCACUAGCCACAACUACUGAAGCCCGCAUGCCACAACUACUGAAGCCUGCGUGCCUAGAGCCCGUGCUCCACAACAAGAGAAGCCACCGCAGUGAGAAGCCCUCGCACCGCAACAAAGAGUAGCCUCCACUCGCCGCAACUAGAGAAAGCCCACGCACGGCAACGAAGACCCAAUGCAGCCAAAAAAUAAAUUAAUUUAUUAAAAUAAAAUUAAAAUAAAAAAGAAUUUACCUGUAGUCAACGUAGCACCUGAGGAGGACCUCUGUGAGCAUUCACACUGCUGAAAGGUGCAAAGCUCCCGGAAGUCCUCUGUGCUCUCCGUGCUCUGUCAGAACAGCUUCUCAUCCCUUGGAAGAGAUCAGACCCUUGACUCAGGGAGUAAGUCCUGGUGGGAGAGGCAGCCACCAGCUCAGAGAAGACACUGUUGGUGGUCAUCUCUCCAUCCCGACCACCCCUAUCUUCCUCUGGUGAUCUCUGAUAGGGUCAGGAGUCCACUUCCCCAUUCCUCCCUCCUCCCCACCUGCCCACUCUUUCCCCACCCUCCUGUGACUCAGGUGAAAAUGGUUCCAACCCCAGGUUCAGGGGUGAAUCAUGAAUGGUCUGAGCCUGUCCACCUGGCUGUGGUUGGUUUCAGAGUGGACUCUGGACCAAGUUUCACCCAGUGUUGUGAGGGGAGGUUUGUUCAGGAACUGCUGAGAAAGAUUUCCUUGUUUUUCAGAAAGUGACUCCCUAAGUCACUGCCUCUGGUGCUCCCUUGGAAUGUGGGUGUGAGGUCUGGAAGUGCUGCUGCCCUCUGGAGACCAUGAGGGGCAAGCCUCAGGCAAAGGCAGUAAUACACCGCAAAAUGCAACAAGAGUGGAGAGAGCCUGGGUCCUUGAUGGGACCCCGAGCUGCUGAAAUGUCAAAUCUUGAGACUGGUUCUACCUCUGCACUUCCUGUCCUGUAAUACAUCCUAGACUGUUUGAGGAUGUUUAUUGCUUAUUUGUUUAUUAUUAUGAGUGGCCAAAACAUCCUAAGUGGUAUAUUAACCAAGUUUGUUGUUGCUGUUAAUAGCCAGUUAGAUCAUCAGUUUGUUCACCCAGGAGGUGUUCUGUGUUUCUAUUGUUUGCGUGCAGACGGUCUGUUCUACAGGCUGACCAAGGGCUGGGAACAUGGGUCUUCAUCUCUCUGCAUCUUGUUUCCUUCCCUAUGCUAUGGCAAAACCAAGGGGCAUGCGAGUGGCAAUCGCUGUGCUUGGCAUUGAGGAGAACUGCGCCUUGUUCCAGAGAAGCUUCCAAAAGGUGGACUUGGAGAUGAGAGCAUCUCAUAUACUCAAAGGUGUUGUGAGCCGUGUCUUUUUUACUUUUAUGUCUAGUAGCUUAAGAUCGCCAGAGUCCCCAGUAAGUUUUGCCUUGUGGGGAAAGGCAAGGGGUACCAGACUAGAGAGGUAGGAGGCUGAGUAUUAAAAACAAGGAGAUCAGGAUUUUAAUCGUAGGUCCAUCACUUAGUUACUAUGUGACUUGGCACAAAGUCCCUUUCUGAGUCUCAGUUUCCCCCAGGGGUUAUUAAGGCCUCUUGCCUAUGAGAUGAUGAAAUCCCUGAUGAAGAGUAUUUAUGAAUAAUAAAGGGUUAUUUCAAGUGGAAUGACAUUUUGGCCAAUUGGAAUCUUCCAUCUGUUGGAAGGUCUCACUGCAGUCUUUAAUGGAAAGAGAUGAUCACCAGAAAACACAUGGAUACUAGGAAUGUGUGUGUGUGUGUGUGUGUGUGUGUGUGUGUUUUGGGGGGGUGUCUUUUAAAGUAAAUUUCAGGCUAUUUUGGAGUCAAUUCCCAUCCACAUCAGCCUCCCAUCUUUCUCAUCUACACUGAAUGAAAUCAUCUAGAUGCAAUGAGAAUGACUGUGGGCCCCGCAAUUAGGUUCACUGAGCUACAGUUAUUUAUGCAGAAAGUAAAGCAGACUCAAGUUUUGGAAAGAUUUUCAAUAUAAGGAAAGGACAUUUUUAAAAAUUUGAGUUUAACCCAUCUUUAACUAGAAUAUCUCAAUGUCCCAAACCUUCAAACCAGUGAAUUUGUAUAGGACUUGGAGUCUAGACCACACAAGAUGCAUAAUACAAAUGUCAUAAUAGAGACCAGCAUAGAAUCAAGUCCAGAUCCACCUGUGGCUUGGUUAUAUGCCAUUUUGUAGCUACUUGGAAUUGUUCCCUGUGUGUCAAUCACUCCUCAUAGCCCCUUCCCCAAUGAAAAACUAAGCUCCUUUAAGGACUGGAACGUAGGUUAUCCAAUUUUUGUGCCAUGCCUCACCUGUCCAGCACUCAGCAAAUAUUAGACGCUCAAAAAUAUUUAUCAGUGGUUGAUUGGAGAGUCAUGAGACAGUAUUCGAGACUUCUGGUUCACCUCGGAUCUCACUCCUCACUUCCCUGGAGUCCCUGAUCCCCACUGUAUCAUAAUUCUGAAAAUAGAAUGAUAACAGAGUCCAGGACAGAAAUGCAUGUCUGUGUUUGUUAAGUAUGCUUUCAUUAUACAUCUGAAGAAUGGAUCCUUCUAAUACAGUCUGUACAGCGCUUAUCUGUCUGAAAAGAUGAAAAGCCGUCUAAUGCACAUUGAAUCGCAUGGUUGUGAUUAGGGAAUGAUUUAGCCAGUUCCCCAAGUUGGCCACAAAAUGCUGUCUCGAUUUGGUGUACUUAGAAAUGGAUUAGGAGUUUUGAAAUGAGGGUGACUCUAGAUGCUAUAGUCCUGCAAUUAUCUGGCUCAAUAUGAGUUAAACAAAUGCAUCUUUUUUUCUGAAUAUAUGUUAGUUAGGGAAAACUUAGAAAAUACAAACUAGCAGAAAAGAAGAAACUAAAAGAAUACCUGUAACCCCUCCACCAGGAGAUAACCACCUUUAAUUUACACAUAGUUAUCUUUCUAGGCAUUUUCUAGUGAGAUUGAAAUAUAAACAAUUUUUUUAACAAAAGAGCUAUUAUUGACAACUGAAAUCAAAGUACUUUCUUGUCUCUAUGAUAAACAAUUAUGAGCAAAACAUAUAUUCCUGUUUCUGUGCCAAACUAUACCAGGACUAGGCACAAAUAACCUGCUCCAGAAAAUACUUGCUUACUUAUCAAGAUCAACAGUUUGCUCAACAAUGUUUGUUUCAAGACCGUACCUUACUGUGUCCAUCAAUCCAAAGCUAUUAUGUCAUAUAUCGUUCAAUCCCCACCAGUUCCCCACCUGGUAAGACCCACCUUAUAAUCAAUCACUCAGCUCUGGCGUAAAGCCCUGUAAAUAUCCUCCUCCUGCAGCUUCCCCUUUCUGCUCUACUACGAAGCCUCUGUAUUCUUCUUUAUUGAAAUAAAUCUAAUAAACUUAGCUUUUCUUAAUCAA